AGGAACUCAUGGUUAUAUGGCACCUGAAGUAUUAUCAAAAGGCACUGCGUACGAUUCGAGCGCAGAUUGGUUCAGUUUCGGUUGUAUGUUGUACAAAUUGUUGAAAGGCCAUUCGCCUUUUCGCCAACAUAAGACCAAAGACAAACAUGAGAUCGAUAGGAUGACAUUAACUAUGAACGUAGAAUUACCAGACUCAUUUAGUAAAGAAUUAAAAUCAUUAUUAGAGGGGCUACUGCAAAGGGAUAUAGAUAAGAGAUUGGGCUGUAAAGGACAAGGAUCGGACGAAGUGAAGGAACAUCCAUUUUUGCCGGAAUUGACUGGCAAAAAGUGUACCUGCAAAAAUAGCACCCCUCCUCUUAUACCCCCUAAAGGAGAGUUAAUGCGGCUGAUGCUUUGAUAUUGGUUCUUUUGAUGAAGAGGACACCAAAGGAAUCAAGUGACAGAUGCGGAUCAAGAACUCUACAAAAACUCCCCCUUGUGAUAUCAGAACGGUGGCAGAAUGAAGUGGCGGAAACAGUAUUCGAAACUGUGAACUUUUGAAGCUGACAAAACAGAGCACAAAAAAGGGCAAAAACAAAAAAAGCUGUAUGACAUAGAUGAAAAAAGAAUCGGAUUGCAUUCUCCAUGGCUACGUAAAGAAACUAGGAGGUCCCUGGACUAGCAGCUGGCAGAUGCGAUAUGCGAAACUGUAUCCGAAUCGAUUAGAGUUGCAUCCCGACUCAGCGAAGCCUGAACUUGUAUUCAUGGAUCAAAUCGAGGAAGUCAGCCCGGAAUUAGUGCAAGUUAAGAACGAGAACUGCAUUGUGAUCAGGUUGCGGGACGGCAAGGUCGUUCUCACGAAUCCGG